AAUGAACACAAUGGUUUGAUUGUUGGAUGGAAAGGAAUGCUCAGUGAGUGUUGUCAACGCUGUGGACCUGUUGGACAAGUGAAUUUCUAUUAUCUACGUUUCCUUUUAAGCCCUUCAAAUGUUUCUUUUAGAACAAUCCAUCGAGUCUUGAGCUCGGAGUUCCACGUAGACUGUAGUUUCUUUUUAGUAUUUACAACUUUUAUUAUCUCUUUGGAGUUUAUGUACUUUAUGCAACACUUGUUUUUAUUUCACUUUUGGUCUUGUAUGGAAAUUUGAGAUUAGCGUUGUCGAGAAGAGAGCAAAGACAAAGGAAUUCAAGCUGUGGUUGAGUGUUGGUACUUUAGUCAACUAGUUGUUUCUUAAGUUUGUUUAUUUCUAUCGAUAAUUGUUUCAGAGCAGUUUUGCGUAUGUAUUAGCAGUUGAUAGUCUAAUCUUGUAGUCUGUUGUUGAGAAACAGUCUUUGGGUUGAUAUUUCAAAGAUAUUCUGCAAGAACAAGAAACCAGUCAGACACUCAGUUGAGUGUUUUGUUCAGUACACAGCGUUACUUUCCGUAUGAUAGUUUUUUGUCUUCUAUAUGACUCUUUUUACGAUGGAGAAAUCGGUCUGUAGCUUUGCAACAGGUUUUUGAGUGUAAACGAUAUUUGCACUUUUUGUAAAACAAAUUCAUUUCUCAGGAUAACGUAGGAAGGUAUUUUUAAUGAUUGUUGUUUAUAUUGUUGUGCUUUUAGAUCAAUUCUAUUGAUUCAAAUAUGUCUUUUGAAAUAUUAUUUGCGGAAAAACGACACCCAUAAGGUUUGACAGUUAUUGAAAACGAAAGCUGAAUAGACUUGCUUUUUUAUAGCAAGGGAAAAGUUUUUAGUUCAAAAUAUACUCACCUUGUCGGGAACCAUGAAAUAAAGCAAGCAAAAGAGCACUGCUGAAAGUCAUGGUUAUGUCCACCUGGUAAAAUGUUUUG